GAUUAUUCAAUCUAAAAGACACAUACACAGAUUAUUUUCUAAUUCCUUGAUUGCUUCAUUAAUUCCACCAUCUAAGAUUCAUGCUGAAUUGUAUUUUUUUUCCUGAAAAUUUAGCUCAGUCCUUUCUUAGUUCGCUCAAGAAACUCAACAGUGUCGAAAAUCCUCUUUUUUAUUCCUCAAGUUGACCGCCUCACCCAUUACUCGCCAAUAUUUUGCCAUUGGAACACCUCCAUAGUCUUCCAAAUUUGUCGGGAAAUUAUUGCCUUGGAAAAGACCAUGCAUUGCACCCAAAGAACACGCCUCCCCCUCGAAAAUGCAGGGAUGGUCAAAAUGUGCUACCGAUUUAACUAUGCGGGGGAAAGUUUGAUCGGCUUCAUCAUCGAGAAAAAGGGCAAUGGAAUAAAACGUCUGCUGGAAAUAGAUGGUGUGCGGAAGGUUCGUGUUGAUACUUCAGCGGUCCCCAACUAUUUUGAGAUUCACGUGAUAGGAGUUAACAAAUCUGCUUGCGAUCAAGUUUGCACAGAAGUGGAGAAGAAAUUAGCAGACUUCAGGGCACAAGACAGUCUAACUGCGUUCGAUUGUGCCACUCCAACGUUCGAUGCUAUUAAGCUAAGGAAGUUCCAACGAGAAUCAACGGAACCCGUAGUGAUUGGAAAGCAACAAAACGAAAGCGAAGAGGAGCGAGACAUCUUUACUGUUUCUAAGUUUGUUCGAAGGGAUCACAAUUCUCAAGAGCCUCAGCAAACCACAUUUAAUGAUAUCAGGGUGCAAGAUAACUAUUUUGAUUUCUCAGAGGAAAAACUUGAAUCGUUUUUUAACAACGCGUUGAGUAACUUAAAUCAAUCUGCAAAUCCUAAACUGAGUUUCCGAAUCAGGCUAGGAAAAUCAGUUUUCUGGAGGAUCAACAAAAAUCAAACAGAUGAAAACCUUGUGAAAAAAAAGCUGGUUGCAAACAAAUUUUACCUCGAAAAAGAACAUGGCUUGAGUCAGGGUUUCGUUCCUAGUUUGAAUCCUGAGUAUUUCCAACAGGAGUAUAUAAUAAAGCAAUUUGAGAAGUUGGGGUUCGAAGACGUUUCAGAGUUGUAUGCCAAGCAAGACAUGUUUGUAAGCUUCUCACGUACAGGCGAUACUUGGUCGAGUAUGCGUGUCGUAUUAGCCAAAGAUCCACAACCAGACAGUGCAAAAAAAGAGGAGCUUAUUUCGGCUAUCCUCAGUGCUGAAGCAAUUGGACAAAGUGUUCUGGACAAAGUUGACAAAAAAGAUUUGAAAAUGACGUAUUUUAAGACGAAGAAAUUGCUGAAAUUGGGUGACAAAACAAGCAAGCAAACAAGCGAUGCUCUGCGAAUAUUGUAUGAUGCUUAUUGUAGGCUGGCAAGUCUCAAAACCGAAAACUCCGCUCAUGAUUCGCCGCACAAUUCAGGCCAAAAUUUGAUCGAAGCGUUCGAACAAAUCGGUUUUUGUAAAAUCACUGCACUGCGCGAGGCUCCUCUUGAUUGGCGGGCAAGUUUACUUCUCGAAGCCAAGCAUUAUCUACCGGAGGGCCUCCAGGUUCUGAGCGAAUGCUGGGAUCAAUGCAGCUCCACCGAGGACUCGUACUAUGACUUCUCUAAGGAGUUUUCGGUAGGAGAGCUGGAAAGUGAAUUGGAAGAGAGGUUGAAAGUGAAUUGUAUAAAACGGAUAUUGGAAACGAGCUAUUGGGUGAACGAGAUUAGAUCCGAUGACAAGGACGAAGACUGCCGCGAGUUAAUCCGUGUGAAGGUAAAAAAAGUGCAAACGAAGACCAAUAAAGCUAGCGAGUGGGAAGAAUCGAUAGCAGUUGAUAUGAAAAUAAUCCGGGCCGAACGAAACAAGGUUACCAAGAGGAGUGGACGGAGCUACGCCAGAGAAGUGAUGCUACUCCGCAAAUGGAUCCCGAAAUUGUUUCCCUAACAUGACGAUCAGACGACCAGUGUACUGCAAGGAAGCUUGGAACCCAUACUGUUUCUAUAAUUUUUUAAAACUUCAGAUACAAAAUUAUGACGUAACUUAACAGAUCGAUCGCAACUUCAUGUCAGCAUAUUUGGAUCAUAUCUAACUUUGCACUUAUUUAAUUCAAUUGAAACAUUUGAGGUUGGGGCAUACAAAGCAUGUUUUUAUUGGUCAGAUAAAUUGUUCAUAUGUGAACUCAAAUUUGAACGCAUGUAAAAUUUACCGUAUUUAUUCACUUCAUUAACCUGCAAAUUGUACUAAACAAAAUGCGUUUAAUUCAAUUAUGGUUUGAUACAGUCGCUUUACAGCUAUCCGAUUCAUAACCCAAGGAAACUAAACAAACUGGCUGAGCCGUAAAAAACGGUAAACUCCAUCAACUAUGGAAAAGCUUCAACGAGUUUCAAAAAUUUGCCUGCGAGUUCUGAAAGGGCAAGUUGAUCAAGUCAAUGACCUUUGUGCUAGCCUCAAUUAUAAUCAAGACGAGUUGAUCAAUGAAGCAAAACAUCUGGAUCAUUGCUUGGCUCAAUCCUUAUUGCUGGUCACGAGAUGUUGGACGAUAUCACUAAUGAUGCAGAAAAUACACAAAUGUUUGAUCAACGCCAGGAGUCACAGAAGAUCACUGGCCAAGUCGAAAAAAGAAAGAUAGCCGCAUAGAGACAUUGUAUAAAUAGAACUUUUUGCAACUACGCGGAUCAAACCUACAGCGAUUACACCAAGGUUGUCCUUAGAUCAAAAUGAUUGGUGGUAUUCUGUUCUCUUCGAGACUAAUCUUCAAUCCCAGAAGGCAUGGGAAGCAGCUAACAUUGGGACUUGACUUUGAUCAACUCAUGGCAUUCUAUACAACAGGAGCAGGUCUUUGGAAUUGGUUUACAGAUCUCA